GAUUACUAUAAAUUACAUCAUUACAAUUAGUAGAAUAUUUCAUUAUAUUUAUGGCAAUAGAUUAGAAUACAGUUAGUUUGAGUAGAGUGAGAUAGUGUUCUGUUUUGCAUGGUCGGGUAGCGUCGGGUAGAAAGUUAGUGGCGGUGACGCCAGGGACGCGCACGGGCCCGCACGCGCUUACCAAGAGCAAGACGCUGCCUCGCUCCAUGGGGUCUAAGGCCUACAAUGUCAUCCCCGCCUCCGCAACCGCCCCUCAGCCCGCCAAGCAUGCGCACACGCCGCCCGCCAUCAAGCGACAGAUAUCGGGCCCCAGCAGUUCACCUAUGCAUAAGCCUGCAGCAAGUAGAACAAAUCGUCCAACAUCUCUGAACAGCAAUGCAUUCGCGGUGUGGAUCCCAAGCUGGCUCAACUGGUGCUCGAUGAAGUUCUCGAGGAGGUUCACCCGUUCUUUGGGAAGACAUAGCUGGACAAGAGGUACGAAUUUCAAGGCUCUCAAUAUGACUUCUUCUCAAUCACAGGCAGAAUUCCAAUGAUCAUCAUAAUAGUAAUUUAAAAGAAAAUUUUUUGUAUUGUACAUUGCUCGACAUAAGAUGAACUACAUCCUUAAGGUAAUAACUUAUUUAGGAUUAUCAUGUUUAUGAAUAAAAGCGAGUCUGUGAUAAGAAGAGAUUGGUCAAACUGAAAUAUAAAAAUGAUAUACAAUGCAUAUUUCUGAUCAACUCAAAUUAAAAAUGACAGUAUCAAGCCGAAAUGAAUUGAGCAACUGAAUUCCAAAAUGACUAUCCACUGUACAAAUUGCACUGUGAUUUCCUUUUACUCCCAAUGGAUUAAAUUGCUUGACCCUUCAAUGUAACAAUUAUUGUAACAAAACCAAUGGAAUGUGAACGUCAUCCAAAUAGCCUUUC